AUGACUACUCCCUCAAAAGUGGCGCAUACUCUCACAAGGGUGUGCUUGGAGCUGAGGCAUAAGGCUGGGAUAGAGUUUGUGCAUCUAGCUGCCAGAGAGUACGGGAAAAACGUCACCAGGGGUUUCCGAAGGGAAGUAAGCGUGCUGCUUCUCGUCCCUGAUCCGGAUACGUCCGAGGGAGGGAUUGGACAUAUCUGCAUGGCAGAGAUACUCGUCCAUCUUGAUGCCAGCACAAAUGAGCUUGAGAAUGUUGCAAGCAGGUUCUGGUAUGACUGGGAAGAUUGGACUGUACCUCAGUAUCUCGACUAUGUCAAAGAUCUCGACGCCGAGCCACUCAAAGUCCGCAUUCCGGACAAAAGAGCAAAUGUUCCCUGGUCCACAGUCAUGGACUCGCUGCUAGAAGCCGUCCAAAAGGUGACAAGGUGCAUGGUUGAUAGAGCCAGCUUCAAAGCCUUAGUCAAGCGUAUAUCGGAUGAACUCAAAGUAUCGGACUUGCAAGAGAGGGUUUAUGAAUGGCAAGUCGAGAAGGUUUGGAGCAAAGGCUCGCACAGGAAGGCAUUCCCAGUGAUCCGAAUAGCCUUCAAGGUUAUGCAAGGAAGGAGCUACAGAGAGGAUCCUGGGGCUGUGAUGCUCAUGGAGCUUGAAGUGGAGUCGAAGAAGACUUGUGGCUGUGAAGAGAGCAACGAUAAACCUAUGAGGAAAGUCAAUAAUAUGUCGGUUUCAUAUGACGGGGAAUGGCCUACCUUUCACCAUUACCGAACAGACAUACCUCCACCCUCUUUGGAAGAUCUGGUGGCGACUGAGAAACGAUGA